AUGUCGGAGAGAGUCAAAGAGGUUGCGAAGGAGGAGUUUGAGCAGGCCAAAGUGCUCGCCGCAGGCGCAGUACGGUCGCAGGCCUACCUCUAUCCACUCAAAGGCAUAGCCUACUUCUUCACGCACCGCGCACUCUGGCGCCCCCUCGCCAACAAGCUCAUCCCCACACUCUCCCUCGGUCUUGGUGUCACAGUCUUCAUGUUCGCCGUGACCUACGUACCACAAGCUGCCGUCCUGACCAUCUUCAACGGCCCUCUCGCGAUCGUGACUACCAUUCUUUUGGUCCUGUCCGAAGCCUCCACCGUCUUCAACAUCCUCUCCAAGAAUUUCCUCAUCGAUGAUGCCCUCAUCGACACCUUCGAUGGCACCCUUCUCGCGCGCGAUCAGGCCGCCCUCGUCUCGCGAGAGAGGGCAAUGAAGAGCGGCGGCGACUACAUGGCGCGUCUGGGUAAAAUCACGCGGAAGCCAUUCGAGAGAUUCAGUCCGAAAGCCAUCAUCAGGUACCUUAUGUACCUGCCGCUGAACAUGAUUCCCGUGGUGGGCACGGUGCUCUUCGUCAUACUCCAGGGAAGGAAGUUCGGACCAACGGCGCACGCGAGGUAUUUCCAGCUCAAGCAGAUGAACAAGCAUCAAAAAGAGGAAUUUAUCGAGAGCAGGAAAGCUGCGUACACAAGCUUCGGCGUGCCCGCUGUCCUCCUCGAGCUUGUUCCAAUCGCAGGCAUCUUCUUCAGCUUUACAAACACCGUCGGCGCUGCACUAUGGGCCGCAGACAUCGAGCAGAAGACCGCGCCAGGAGAGACCACUGCCCCGAGUCUUCGCAGCCAGGCGGAGGCCGCGUCAAGGGAAGAGUCCAGAAAAGAGCUGUAG